AUGAACAAAGUUUUAGAAGUUAGGACAGCAGCAGCAGCAACAGCAGCAGCAGCAGCAGCAGCAGCAGCUGUGCCUAAGUUUGUGCAGGCAGCAAAACUGGCAGCAGCAGCAGCAGCACUGCAUGCAGUGGAAAACGUGAUAAUCGAAAAGAGGAAACAAGGAGUGAGGAAGCUAACACCAGCAGCAGCAGCAGCAGCAGCAGCAGUUACAGCAGCAGUAGCAGCAGCAGCAGCAGCAGCAGCAGUAACAGUGGAUACGAUGAAGGCUCGAGAUUUGUCAUUUGGUGAUUACUGA